UCAUGGCUCGGCGUGCAGGUCGCGGGUUGCUGUUCUGGCGGUUGCCGCUGCUGCUUCUGGGUCUGGCGCAGCUGAGACUGACUGCCACAACUGAAGAAGACGCCAUGCAGCUCUCUGACCCCGAGUCCUGCAGGCCUGAUGAGUAUAGGUUCGCCGGCCGUUGCUGCCAGUUAUGUCCUGCAGGCGAGUACGUUGGCAAGCCCUGUGUGAGCCCCCACACCCAGGGGAAGUGUGUCAAGUGUGACGAACAGACCUUCACAGCGUUCCCCAACGGCCUGGACGCCUGCCUGCCAUGCUCUGUCUGCCGCGAUGAGGAAGAAAUGGUGGCAGAGUGCUCUUCAGUCAGCAACCGGAAGUGCCAGUGCAGAGCGGGCCAUUUCUACCAUCCAGGGUCCUUGGAGCUCUGCAACCCAUGCAGCAAGUGCCCCAAAGGGCAGGUCACCCUCCAGAAGUGCAAUGCCACAGCAGACACUGUGUGUGGCUUAGCUGGCCCCAGCACCACCGUGAACACAAUGUGCAAUUCAACUGGCUGUGAUGUCACGAAAGACAUAAGAAAAGAUACCACAGUCUGGCUGUCUUUGACUGGAAGCUUUGUAGUUCUCCUGUGUCCUCUGAUCCUUGUCUGUAUUGUAAGAGCAGUUGAGUUCUGGACGAAUCGUCAUUUCUAUAACGGAGAUCUUGAAGAGAGAGAGAACAUGAUCUAGAGGUCAGAAGUCUGCGACCGGUUUCACAGGCUACCAUCAAGAGUCCGAAGAGCUGGCAAACAGGCUCUGGGAACCUAUUCACUUACCUUUACGAUGAAUGCAGACUGCCCAUCUGUGCACUGAGUUCCAGAAAACAAAUGGAAGAACUUCAUAAACUCAUCGGGAUUCCAGGAAUACAAAACAAAGAAAGAUAUGUGGAGUUAAGAAUAUUGGGACCAGAAAACCAGCAGUUGGCAUAAUGGCUAUG